AUGGACGAAGAUCAACAGCGAAUGACGCUGAAAAAGUGUUGCUCAGAGGGCCUGCUUCCAGAAAACUACCUGGACCUCAUCAAGCAAAUUGCUACAAAAUUUUCUGUGGCCUAUGACGAUAAGAGAGAACUCGUCGCGAGCCUAGCCGAGAUCAGCGUGACGGAAGACAUCCUGUACCUGGGACUGCUGUCCAUGAACCACACGCAGCACGGAUGGCACCAUAUCCUCCAGCUGUGUAAGGACACCAUCGCCAAACAGUCGGUGCGCAACGUGUUCGCCCGGAUCAGCGAGGAGAUGGAGCGGGAGUGUCGCAUCACCGAGCUCCUGCCCAUCCGGAGCGACUGGAUGCUCGUCAAGACGGUCGCCACGAAGAUAGCGGCCAAUCGCCUCGUGGCUCGUAUCCCGGGGGUGACCCUGCACGACAUGAGGCCCGAUGACCUAAACGAACUGGUCACCUACGAUGAGCUCAUCAUGAACUGCAAGCGACACACUUACCUGAAUCUGAUGACCAAGGACGUCAAUAGCUACACCAAGUUCGCCAAGGAGAACGGUGCCGUGUGCGGGUUUUUGGUGAUGCAGCAGCUCAAGGACGGCACGGCUCUCGCCCUGCACCUGGUGGCCAACGACCGGCACGUUGCCAAGCUCCUGCUGAAGAAGUGCCAAGACGAGUUCGCACCGGCCCAGAAGGGGAUCGUCCUCGUCGUCCCCUGCACCCAGGACCAGGAGCACGCAUCCGUGAACUUCGUCGAAGACCUGCAAGUCCACGGAGACAAGAUCUUCUGCCUGUUGUUCUCGCGGUUCGCCAUCUAUUACAUGUACAACAAGAUCUUCUCUUUCGGGGACUUUAUGUGA